UGGCACUAUACUCGCAAUCACCAUCCCUUGAGUACCUGGUGUGUCAUUCAACAGCUCCAUGCCUCUGGUUGCUGCCACUGGGAACUACACUCCGUUCCGGCACACGCAGCUUAUCCAAGUUGAUACCGCUGCCAAUAUUAUUCCCCUUACAUUCAACUACAUGUCUGCAGAAGUUCGGGAUCCAACCACGAAUCUACAAGUCGGUACGGCUUACUUUGGAAAAGACACCCUCCCCGCCAAGCCAUUCGAAGAUCCAGGUCCCGCUCAACUUCUUGUAUAUUGCAUCGAACGACUCAGAUCCAACGUGUAAUGUCUGCAUUGUGGUAUGCUUGAUGCUUUCCGUGUACGCAGUGUUUGACUUGCUUAUGCUGGGGACAUGAAAUCAGUAUAUGCAAUGCACCAUGUUUCUUGUACUAUGUGACAGUCUGUAAAUGCCUUGUUAAUCCACUAGGUUGACCAUCUCAGCGACCACGCCGGGGACGAAGUAAUGUGUAGGCUCAUCAUUUCACAAAGCC